UGUAUGCAAGGGGUGUUAGUGGGAGAGGGAGAGACGGCGACGUCGUACGUUAUCCCACACCGGAGGAAAUUAUAUUGCUUUAGCUGGUUAAUUAACAAAGACGUAAUAUUUAACCUACAUGUAACUGCUGCUCAAAUAGGAUAUAAUCAGGGGUGGAAACUACAUACUUGUAGGCUGCUUCACAAUUUUGCUCUUUUUCAAGCAACGGGCAUAUAAGUUAUCUAAUUUCCACCUCUUCGAACCGGCUCUCCCUCCUCCCGCCUUGCUUCGGGAAGACACAAGAUUGGGUGAAAGGAAUAAAAGAACGGUCUAUUUCUGCCUAACCAAACGGUGAAAAUACAGAAAUAUUAUGUCUGGAAGUGAUGACGAUAGAGAUGAUUUUGGACCAACAGAAGACCGGUCCAUGAUGCAAGAUGAUGACUUGGAGGAAGACCUGUCAGAAAAUGAAGUCCCUAAAGUGAAGAAGAAAAAGAAGGCCAAGAAGAGCAGUCGUGAAAGUAAAAGCAGCAAGAGACAGCGCUCUCGUAGGGAGGACAUCCCAAUCAGCUCUCCGGAGCCCAUAGAUGGAGGUGACAUAGAUGAGGUGGAGGAGGACGGGGCUGGGGGGCGCUCGGAUAGUGAGGGCAGUGACUACACACCUGGCAGGAAGAAGAAGAAAAGAGCCAAUGCCUCCAGAGACAAGAAAAGGAACAGCUGUGUUGCUGAAAGGAACUCCAGCUUGGCUGCUUCCAAGAGGAAAGAACCUGAGGAAGAGGAGGAUGAAGAUGACGAUGAUAGCUCAGAGCCCAAGACCUCCGCCCAGUUGUUGGAUACCUGGGGUAUGGAGGACAUUGACCAUGUCUUUACUGAGGAGGACUACCGAUCUCUCACCAACUAUAAGGCCUUCAGUCAGUUUGUCAGGCCUCUGAUCGCUGCCAAAAAUCCCAAGAUUGCCGUCUCCAAGAUGAUGAUGGUGCUGGGGGCGAAGUGGCGCGAGUUCAGCACCAACAACCCGCUGCGCGGCUCCGCCACGGCCAACGCAGCCCUGGCAGCAGCUAAUGUGGCUGCGGCCGUGGAGAGUAUGGUGGCGGCUGAGGCCCCAGUUGCCAUCCCUGCCAUGCCCCCUUCAGCCGAGCCCCAGCCCCCUCCUGCCCCUCCACUCCGCAAGGCUAAGACCAAAGAGGGCAAGGGUCCUAAUGCACGUAAGAAGUCCAAGCCUGCCCCCAAACCUCAGGAGAAGAAGGUUAAAACCAAAAAGGUUGCCCCGCUGAAGAUCAAACUAGGAGGCUUCAACAGCAAGAGAAAGCGCUCCUCCAGUGAAGAAGACGACAUGGAUGUGGACAGCGACUUUGACGAUGGCAGCAUGAACAGCGUUUCUGUGUCAGAUGGCUCAAACAGCCGCAGCAGCCGCUCGAAGAAGAAGCCCAAGCCCAAGAAGAAGAAGAAAGUGGAUGAUGAUGCUGAUGGCUACGAGACUGACCACCAAGACUACUGUGAGGUGUGUCAGCAGGGAGGGGAGAUCAUUUUAUGCGACACCUGCCCCAGAGCCUACCACAUGGUCUGCCUGGACCCUGACAUGGAGAAAGCCCCAGAAGGCACCUGGAGCUGUCCGCACUGUGAGAAGGAGGGGAUUCAGUGGGAGGCGCGUGAGGAGGGCUCAGAUGGAGAGGAGGAGAAUGACAUGGCUGGAGGCGAGGCUGAGGAGGACGACCACCACAUGGAGUUCUGCCGCGUGUGCAAGGAUGGGGGAGAGCUGCUGUGCUGCGACUCCUGCCCUUCCUCCUACCACAUCCACUGCCUCAACCCGCCCCUGCCCGAGAUCCCCAACGGAGAGUGGAUCUGUCCUCGCUGCACCUGCCCUCCUAUGAAGGGGAAAGUGCAGAAGAUCCUGACAUGGCGCUGGGGCGACCCCCCCACCCCCCCACCCCCUGUACCUCGGCCUCCUGAGCUCCCAGCCGACUCCCCUGAUCCUCCCCCGCUGGCAGGCCGGCCUGAGAGGGAAUUCUUUGCCAAGUGGCAAAAUAUGUCCUACUGGCACUGCUCUUGGGUGUCUGAGCUGCAGCUGGAACUGCACUGCCAGGUGAUGUUUAGAAACUACCAGCGCAAGAACGACAUGGACGAGCCCCCGCCCAUAGACUUCGGAGGCGAUGGGGACGACGACAAGAGUGACAAGAGGAAGAACAAAGACCCCAUCUACGCCCAGAUGGAGGAGAAGUAUUACCGUUUUGGCAUCAAGAUGGAGUGGAUGAUGAUCCACCGCAUCCUUAACCACAGUGUGGAUAAGAAAAACAACUGUCACUACCUCAUCAAGUGGAGAGACCUGCCAUAUGAUCAGGCUACCUGGGAGUCAGAGGACAUGGAGAUCCCAGAAUAUGACGCUUAUAAAAUACAGUACUGGAACCACAGGGAGCUAAUGAUGGGAGACGAUGGGAGACCAAGUAGGAAACUGAAGCUCAAAGGCAAAAUAAAGCGACUGGACAGACCUCCAGAGAACCCUGUUGUGGAUCCCACCAUUAAGUUUGAGCGUCAGCCUGAGUACUUGGACUCGACAGGGGGCACACUGCACCCGUACCAGCUGGAAGGCCUGAACUGGCUGCGCUUCUCCUGGGCUCAGGGCACAGACACCAUCCUGGCUGAUGAGAUGGGCCUGGGGAAGACUGUGCAGACUGCUGUGUUCCUCUACUCACUGUACAAAGAGGGUCAUUCUAAGGGUCCAUUCCUGGUUAGUGCCCCCCUCUCAACCAUCAUUAACUGGGAAAGAGAGUUUGAGAUGUGGGCUCCAGAUAUGUACGUAGUCACCUACGUAGGUGACAAGGACAGCAGAGCUGUGAUCCGGGAGAAUGAAUUCUCUUUUGAGGAUAAUGCCAUCCGUGGAGGCAAGAAAGCUUCCAGGAUGAAGAAAGAGGCUUCGGUGAAGUUUCAUGUUUUGUUGACCUCCUAUGAGUUAAUUACUAUUGACAUGGCCAUCCUGGGCUCCAUUGACUGGGCCUGUCUGGUGGUGGACGAAGCACAUAGACUCAAAAACAACCAGUCUAAGUUUUUCAGAGUACUGAAUAAUUACUCCCUUCAGCACAAACUGCUGCUUACUGGAACUCCUCUCCAGAACAAUCUGGAGGAACUCUUCCACCUACUCAACUUCCUCACCCCUGAGAGAUUCAGUAACCUGGAGGGCUUCUUGGAGGAGUUUGCUGACAUCGCUAAAGAGGACCAGAUUAAGAAGUUGCAUGACAUGCUGGGGCCACACAUGCUCAGGAGGCUCAAAGCCGACGUGUUCAAGCACAUGCCCUCAAAGACCGAGCUCAUUGUCCGAGUGGAGCUCAGCCAGAUGCAGAAGAAAUAUUACAAGUUCAUCUUGACCCGCAACUUUGAGGCCCUGAACACCAGAGGUGGUGGAAACCAAGUCUCCCUGCUUAACGUGGUGAUGGACCUGAAAAAAUGCUGCAAUCACCCCUACCUUUUCCCUGUUGCUGCUAUGGAAGCACCUAAGAUGCCCAAUGGGAUGUACGAUGGUAGUGCCCUCACUAAGUCUUCUGGGAAACUGCUGCUGCUCCAGAAGAUGCUGCGCAGGCUGAAAGAGGGUGGCCACCGUGUGCUGAUCUUCUCUCAGAUGACCAAAAUGCUGGACCUGCUGGAGGACUUUUUGGAGAACGAGGGCUACAAGUAUGAGCGUAUUGAUGGAGGCAUCACUGGCGCAAUGAGACAGGAGGCCAUUGACCGCUUUAACGCUCCGGGUGCCGUGCAGUUUGUUUUCCUUCUGUCUACCAGAGCUGGUGGCCUGGGCAUCAACCUGGCCACAGCCGACACCGUCAUCAUCUAUGACUCAGACUGGAAUCCACACAAUGACAUCCAGGCCUUCAGCAGAGCACACAGGAUUGGUCAGAACAAGAAGGUGAUGAUCUACCGCUUUGUUACCAAAGCAUCUGUGGAGGAGAGAAUUACUCAGGUGGCCAAGAAGAAAAUGAUGUUGACACACUUGGUGGUACGACCUGGCCUGGGCUCUAAAACUGGCUCCAUGUCCAAGCAAGAGCUUGAUGACAUCCUCAAAUUUGGCACAGAGGAGCUAUUUAAGGAUGAAGGAGAGGGGGAGAACAAGGAGGAGGACAGCAGUGUGAUUCAUUAUGAUGACAAGGCCAUAGACCGGCUGCUAGACCGCAACCAGGAUGCUACAGAGGACACGGAACUCCAGAGCAUGAAUGAGUACCUCAGUUCCUUCAAAGUGGCUCAGUAUGUGGUCAAAGACGAGGAAGACGAGGAAGAGGAGGUUCAGAGGGAGAUCAUUAAGCAGGAGGAGAGCGUGGACCCAGACUACUGGGAGAAGCUGCUCAGACAUCACUACGAGCAACAACAGGAGGACCUGGCCCGCAACCUGGGAAAGGGCAAGCGCAUCCGCAAACAGGUCAACUACAACGAUGGGUCUCAGGAGGACAGAGACUGGCAGGAUGACCAGUCUGAUGGUCAGUCAGACUACUCUGUUGCCUCAGAAGAAGGAGAUGAGGACUUUGACGAGCGCACAGAAGCAAAUUCCCGCAGACCCAACAGGAAAGGCCUCAGAAAUGACAAGGACAAACCAUUGCCCCCCCUGCUGGCCAGAGUGGGAGGCAACAUUGAGGUGCUGGGUUUCAAUGCUCGCCAGCGGAAGGCAUUCUUAAAUGCAGUAAUGCGUUAUGGGAUGCCACCACAAGAUGCCUUCACCACUCAAUGGCUGGUCAGAGACCUGCGUGGCAAAUCUGAAAAGGAAUUUAAGGCAUAUGUCUCACUUUUUAUGAGGCACUUGUGUGAGCCUGGUGCUGAUGGUGCUGAAACCUUUGCUGAUGGUGUGCCACGUGAAGGGCUGUCAAGGCAACAUGUGCUCACUCGGAUUGGGGUGAUGUCACUGAUCCGCAAGAAGGUUCAGGAGUUUGAGCAUGUGAAUGGUCAGUGGUCCAUGCCCUGGAUGAUGGAGCUGGAGGAAAACAAAAAGGCAGCAGCAGCAGCUGCUGCUGCUGCUGCUGGACACCCGGACUCUCCGGCGAAAACUCCUUCCACGGGCACACCAGCUGACACACAGCCCAACACGCCUGCUCCAGAAGAUCCCUCUAGGUCAGAAGAUGGCAGCAGAGAGUCUGAAAAAGAAAAAGAAGUGAAGAAAGAUGGUGAGAGUGAGCAGGAGAGCAGGGAGUCUAAUAAAAAAGUGGAAUCAGAGGUCAUCGCCAUUCCUGAUGAAGACGAAAAAAUGCCCUCCCCUGCUGAAAACAAGGAAAAAGAAGAGAAGGAUAAGGCGUCUGAAUCUACCAUGGAGACUGAGAAAGCUGAGAGUGGAGAAGAGGACAAAGAGAAGGAAAAAGCUGGAGAAGCAGUGGAACAAAGCAAGACUGCAGAGGCAAAGCCUCAAGGAUCUGAAAUCAAGAGUGAAGAGUCUGAGAGCAAAGAUGAAAAGAGAGACAAUAAAACGGAGAAGAUGGACACCACCCCUGCUUUGGAUGAGAAGAAAGACCUCAGGGAUGAGAAGGAGACUGGUAAGACGGAGGAACCAGCCAAACUGCAAAAUGGAGACAGUGCCAAAGACGGAGGGUCGGGGGCCACAGAGGAGAAGAAGAAAGCAAAGACCCGCUUCAUGUUCAACAUUGCAGAUGGAGGGUUUACUGAAUUGCACUCCCUGUGGCAGAAUGAGGAGCGAGCAGCUACGGUCACCAAGAAAACUAAUGAGAUUUGGCAUCGCCGCCAUGACUACUGGCUUCUUGCAGGCAUCAUACAACAUGGUUAUGCUCGCUGGCAGGACAUUCAGAAUGAUGUGAAAUUCACCAUUCUCAAUGAGCCCUUCAAAGGCGAGAUGAAUCGGGGAAACUUCCUGGAAAUCAAAAAUAAGUUUCUGGCCCGAAGAUUUAAGUUGCUGGAGCAGGCUCUGGUGAUUGAGGAGCAGUUGCGUAGGGCUGCAUACUUAAAUAUGACCGAGGACCCUUCUCACCCCUCCAUGGCUCUGAACACGCGCUUCAGUGAAGUGGAGUGCCUGGCUGAGUCCCAUCAGCACCUCAGCAAGGAGUCCAUGUCCGGCAAUAAGCCUGCCAAUGCUGUCCUACACAAAGUGCUGAAACAGCUGGAGGAGCUGCUGAGCGACAUGAAAGCAGAUGUAACCCGUCUCCCAGCGACCAUUGCCAGGAUACCACCUGUAGCUGUGAGGCUGCAGAUGUCUGAGAGAAAUAUCCUAAGCCGCUUGGCCAGCAGAGGUCCCGACACCCAGUCCCAGCAGGUAUCUCAACAGUAGCCUGGAUUAGACCUCACCUCUUAACUCUGCCCCUUAAGCGCCGCCCACCCACCUCUACAUUCCUGACUGACACCUCAAGAUGACAUCUCGCCUUAGCUUGAAGCCACACCCUUUACCUACAAAUGGACAUGCCAAGAAUCUUUAGGCUAAAAUCUGGAGGUUGUGGAAACUGAAGCUAUUUUAUUUGAAUUUUUUUUUUUUUUGUAUUUUCUUUAUUAAUAUUAUUGAUAAUGUUAUUAUGGUUUUUGGGACCGAAAAUUUAAAAAAAGUAAUAAAGACUUCUGUCUCUCUUUA